AUGAGCUGCAGAAACAGUGGAAGAGAAUACUACAGCAUGCAACUAACAUGUUCAUUGCUUUUCCUGGGAAUAUUUGUUAUCCCAGUCAUCUGUUGCCAUGGCCAGGUUGAUCCCCUCGCCCUAGGCCGUGCAGAUCCCCAGUGCUGGGAGACAUCAACAGCAAUCCUACUGGAGAUGAAGAAGCCACGCAUCGCAGACACUGUAACUGGCUUCUGGGAUUUAAUGAUUUACCUGAAGUCCUCUGAGAACAUAAAGCACGUCAUUCUGUUCUGGGACCUAGCACAGCUUUUCUGGGACAUUUAUGUGGACUGUGUGCUUUCUAGAACACAUGGCCUUGGGAGGAGACAGCUGAACGAUGGAAACAAGGAAAUAACAAACUUGAUUUCACAUCUCACAUUAAAGACAUAUUCCCAUGGUCAGAGAUCAAUACUACCGCAAAAGAAAAGCCUCAGUGAAGAAUUAAUAGGUAUCCGAGUACACAAAAGUGAAUCGAGACUGCUGGGCAGCAUCCAAAGGGGCGUCAAGAGGAAAUAA